AUGACGGCCGAUACCGGAGUGAAGCUCGUGAUCUUCGACAAGGACGGCACAUUGGUCGAUUUUCAUCGAAUGUGGCUUCCAUGGGCAGCAAACACUGUGCAACUACUCGAGCACGCAACUGGAAGACCCGUUGGUCCGGCAGUGUACAAAACGCUUGGCGUGGAUCCCAUACAGGGAAAGGUUUCAAUGGGUGCACUGGCCGAAAAAACUCUCACUGGAAUACGCGCUGAUGUGUCAGCCACACUUCAGACUUUCGGAAUAAGUGCUACCGAUGCAGAUGCGAUAGUGGAAAGAGGAGUUCCAGAAGCGUCAAACGGUGUAACCGCACCAGUAUGCGACUUACCGAAGCUGUUCCGCGAACUACGAGCUCUUGGGUGCAAAACAGCACUGUGCACCGCCGACAGCAGGGCUGCUACGGAAGAGCAGAUGCGUGUACUCGGAAUCUCUUCAAUGCUUGAUGAUACUGUAUGCGGUAAUGAUGUCGGGAUUAUUCCAAAACCUAGCCCUCAUUGUGCGAUCCAAAUAUGCAAAAGGGCUGGUGUUCCAUUGAACCAAGCAAUAAUGGUUGGUGACACGGUCGCUGAUUUGAAGAUGGGUCGCGUUGCUGGUUUGCGAGCCAGCGUUGGUGUGUUGACUGGUGUAGGCACGAAGGAAACGCUAAAAGAAUACACUGAUUAUUUCUUGGACAACGUAAGCGAGCUCCCGUGGCUGAUUGCGACGAAGAUCAACGAAAACAUGAAAAGAGGCUGA